UCGACCUCGGAGAACUUUCACUUGUUACAAGAACCAAUUAUCUGCUAAUACGUAAUCGCAUUAUGUUCAAGGUUCUGUUUUUAAGUUGUUCACGGAAACGCUGAUAGAUGCGUAUGUCUGUUGUACCACCUGUGUAAAUAUGAAAUGAACGCAAGUUUCGUUCUUUCUAUAGCCAAGUCUCGAUAACGAGAUCCAGUGGUCAGUGCAUGCCCAAUCAAGGGCAACUACGGCGAGAAAAACCGAAUGCAAUUGUCUGAUAUAUUGACAAUGACUUUGUUCAGCAGGUGAAAAUUAUGAUUCAAACUUUUGUAUCCAGUUCUCAUAAUAUAUACAAACAAGUUCAUUUUGGAUUUCUAUUUUGGAUAAAUAGAGAUCUUAAAGCGGCCACUCGCUUGAUCAGAUGAUAGCUGUCACAAACGUGAAGUGCAAAUAGGACGAGUAAAACCGAAAACCCAAACCAGUUGUAAAAUAUAUUGGAAAUGAUUUUGUUCAGCAGCGCAGGUGGAAAUUAAAAUUCAAAACCUUUUUGUUAUCUGCUUCUCAUGUUUACAAAGACGUUCAUUUUUCAUUUUUCUUUGGACAAAUAGAAAUUUAAAUUUUCUCCCAGAGAAUCAACGAUAAUGUGUCUACCGAGAUUAAACCUUAAUUAGUUUUAAUUCUCUCCACCUGAAUCUCGUGUUGUUCUUUAAUCUUCCUUUCAGUUUAUUAUUACCUCCGGCUCUGGUGUCUGUUUACCUUUUUCGUAAGAUGUUAUUUAAAGCUUUCCUUCGAUUAGGAAGGUUGCAAUGUAUUUUUCCACAUCACAGAAAACACAUGCUGUCACUUACUGUCAUGUUAAUGAUUUCUUCGUUAGUUAAAGUCUUGAAGCUUUGGUGACAGAAUGCCAUUCAAGCGAGAAAUUUAAUCUUAACUAGAAUAUCAAUCAGUCCUUAGAUGAGGUGUCUUUCAAGUUGCCUUUCGUAAAAUGUUCCGAGCGAGGAAACGCAGGAUAGUCUUUCUGUUCGGUCUAGCGAUAGCUGCAUAUAUACUAGUAACUGUUCUCUUCCAAAUUGAUUCUACGGCCAUGGAGAACGAAACUUUGAGCGUGGAGCUUCCUAUUUAUAUCAGUCGUGCUAGAAAACACUGCGAAAUUGAUUCUACGGCAGUCUUUCCAGCCAAGAAGAACGAAAAUUUAAUCUUGGAACCUCCUUAUCAUAUCAAUCGCACUGGAAGACACUGCGAAGUUUCGUUUGAAUGGGGUGAAAUGUGUCCCAAGUUAUACACAGAACUUGGAGGAAGAUGCGACUUUAUCGACGGCACACUUCAAUGCCCUGACAUUCGUAACUGCUCAAAAUUUCUUAAUCGCCAGUCACAGCUCGUCAUAACACGAAUGCUACGCAUCUUCGAUCUCCUCGCGCAGAAGCACGGAAUCAAGUACUGGAUAGCGUAUGGCACUUUACUCGGUGCUGCCAGACAUCAUGGGUUCAUACCCUGGGAUCAUGAUAUUGAUAUCGAAAUUCCCAUGGAGGACUACAUUAAAUUUUUCCAAAAUGUAUCGAAGGAGCUACCAGGUGAUAUUUUCUUUCAGAACUCAAUAAGUGACCCUCCACUGAAUCCAGAAGAUCCGACUGAUUUCGACAAGCAUGAGAUAGUAGGUUUUUACGAACGAACGUGGAACCCAAGACUCCGUGACAGAAACAGUUGUUAUAAAUACUGUAUGGUUUAUGAUUGCGAAUGGCACGAUGGACUCAUGAUAGAUAUCUUUGUAUUAACUAAUGUAAGCAGCUCGAUUUAUCCAUUAAAGAGAAUGAAUUUCGAAGGGUUUUCGUUUCCAGUACAGAAUGAUUGGAAGACGUUUUUGAUUUCUUACUUUGGGGAAGACUGCUUUGAAUUUCCAAUGGAUGGCAAUCAAGAGCCACAAGAAAACCCGGAUGUACAUAACGGUUGUGAGAAAUUAACACAAAACUGAGAUGCGAUCACAUGAAGGUGUGAAAAACUUGUGAAUAUAUUUAAUAAAAGAACACACACACACACAUUUGUACACACAUGAGAAGCUAUCGUGCAUAAAGGUUGUCAGUGGUACAUUUACAUAACGUGGUUGUAUUAAUGUUGAUUUACACAAUCUACGUAUCAAUUUAUCUUGAAUUGUGAUGUGGCGCUUUCCCAUAAACAAAAACUGAAUACAACGAAGGAGAGUUAGAUCGCUUAAUUAACGAAUGCUUUUGUUCGCUCUCACAGUGUUGAUGAAAGCGGAGACCAUGCAUUACAAUUGAAUGCAUACUCGUGGCUCUCUUUCAACUUGCCAAUUAUCAUUGACAUUGGACCUGAAAUGUUCCUGUUCAACAGGAACAUGUUUGUUCAACAAACAAGAGCAUUCGUGGGGAACGUUUUGCAUAGAGGUUGAUUUUUUAUUAAUCUUUCAGUGACACGACUCCAAAUAUCCGUUAAAGAAAAUAAAUAUAAGAUUUCGUGGAAGCGUUUGAUUAUAGUAUUUUUUUUAUUAUUCUAGAAAUGAAUUUAAUUGAUUUCUCAUGAUGUCUUACAACAAUUGUUAUUAAUCUUUAUGCGACGCUUGUAGAUAGAUGCGUUCUGAGUGGCUAAGUGCGAUGAAACUCAGUUUGGAACAAAUCAAGUACCAUCAUGACAUUGGGCAUUCUUAUCAAAGGGUGUCGAUAUUCCUAUGGGCUCCAGCCGAUAGCUAGAUGUCAAUUUACAUUUGGGACAUGCCAGAAACUAUGCUAUACACCGAAUGCAAAUAUGGCGGAUCACUCGGACGGCCCGGGACUAGUAGCGUGGAAGCGAGGCUAGUCUUUUGACUACGCGUGUUGUGGAUUCAUUUCGCGAUGCCUUCG